AUUAUAUCAAUUUUGUAACUAUUUUAUGAUUAUUUUUGUAAUUCUUAAAAAUAUUUAUAAUAUUUGUGUCUAAGGCGAAUUAGUAUCAUAUUUUCGCGCCGAAACAGAAUAUAUACGAUAUAUAUAUAUGUGUGUGAUUUUGCCUAAAGACAGUACCAACAUAUCUAUAGUCUUUGUGGACGCAUAACCUACUGACUAUCCUAAAAGAUUUUAAAGAUAUUGUAAAACAGUAAUCAGUACAAUGUUCAAAUAUUCCAAUUUGAUCAGUAGAUGUGUGAAGAAUGUGCAGAAGUGUAAUUUACGUUCUCUUAGUUUUCGAAGCAUUAAAAAACUUAUUUCGAUAUAUUUUCGACAAACAGCCGAAACUGCAAAACCUCUUUAUGAUCACAUUUGUCAAGUUGGUAAUCCUAUUUUGCGACAGAAAGCGUCACCUGUCGACAUAGAAAAGAUACAUACGGUAGAAUUUCAAAAGGUACUCGAUCAUUUAUAUAAAAUAUUGAAACAAUCUGACACAGUAGGAUUAGCGGCCCCACAAAUCGGUUUAUCUUGGCAAAUAUUUGCUAUCGAAAUAACGGAAAGCUAUGUGAAAGAUAUUCAUCCAGUCGUACGAUCACAAUGUCAAAUUGAUCCUAUUCCGUUGACAUAUUUUAUUAAUCCAGAAAUGAAGAUAAUAAAUUCCGAAGAACUGAUAUUUUAUGAAACAUGCGGAAGCCUCAAAAAUUUUCACGCAGAAGUACCAAGACCGAAAGAAAUUCAGAUCAAAGCACUUGAUCGAUUUGGAAAACCAUUUUGUUGGGAAGCAGAUGGUUGGUUAGCUAGGGUCGCUCAUCACGAAAUGGAUCAUUUAAAAGGCUUAAUAUAUACUGAUAGAAUGUUUCCGCUUACAUUCGACUAUAUAGAUUGGGACGAAGAAAAUCGCACUAAUGUAAAAAAAGAUAUUGUAAGUUAAGUAUUCUGUAGAAUAGCUUUUCUAAGGUGUACACGAAUUUAUAUUAUUUGAUAUAAUCUGUUAGCAAGUUAAAUUGAAAUGUAGUAUGAAAAUGUAUAAAAUGUAUAAAAUAUUGAA